AUGAUUUCCAGAAAAGCACCCAUGGCUUGUAGUGGUGGUGUCAUGAUGAGUGCCUUCUUCUGGUCUAUGGCCAUAAUCUAUCUGACUCACAUAGGUGGUGUGAGAGGGGACUGCUGGCUCAUUGAAGGGGAAAAGGGCUUUGUGUGGCUGGCUAUCUGCAGCCAAAACCAGCCACCUUAUGAGGCUAUCCCUCAGCAUAUCAACAGCACCAUUGUGGACCUUCGCUUGAAUGAAAAUAAGAUUAAAAGUAUCCAUUACUCUGCCCUCAGCCGCUUUGCCAACCUAACAUACCUGAACCUAACAAAGAAUGACAUUAGCUAUAUAGAGGAUGGGGCUUUUUCAGCCCAGUUCAACUUACAAGUACUCCAGCUAGGUUUCAAUAAACUUCGUAACCUAACAGAAGGGAUUCUCAGGGGGUUGGGAAAGCUGCAGUACCUCUACCUCCAGGCCAACCUGAUUGAGACUGUGACACCCAAUGCCUUUUGGGAGUGCCCAAACAUAGAAAACAUAGACCUCUCUAUGAAUCGCAUUCAGGUGCUAGAUGGAAACACCUUCACCAGCCUCACCAAGCUGACCACCUGUGAGCUUUACACCAACCCAUUCAACUGCUCUUGUGAGCUUCUGGGGUUUGUUAAGUGGCUGUCAGUCUUCCCCAACAGAACGAAUGAACGGAUGGUAUGUGAUUCUCCAGCAGGUGUUUCUGGUUACAGUCUCCUAAGCCAGAAUCCAAACAAUCCUACUCAGCGCAAUGCACUGCAUAUGCUGUCCACUGUGUGCCCGGAGGACUAUGUGACUCCGUAUAUCCCUGUGCCUCCUGAGACCACGACUUUUUCUCCAGAUGUUACCCCUUGUGAGCUGGAGGACUGUCCCUCUGGUAGUGAGCCAGAGGAAAUAAGCAUUAGUCCCACUUACCCAGACCUUGAUGUGAAACCAAUCAUGAAGCUGAAACAAGUCUCCCACACAAAUGCAGUCAUAAAUGUUCAGAUACCACAUCCCUAUAAGAAAAUGUACAUCCUUGUUUUGUAUAACAACAGUUUCUUCACAGACAUUCAAAAUCUGAAACGGCAAAAGGAAGAUAUUGAGUUAAAGAACCUAAAACCUCACACUGAAUAUACUUAUUGUGUGGCUUCCAUACGCAAUUCUUUGCGUUAUAACCAUACCUGUCUCAAAUUAUCCACAGGCGCUAGAACUGGGAGCGUGAGAGAGGCUAAUAAUGCAACAGCCACCCACUACAUAAUGACCAUCCUAGGAUGCCUUUUCAGCAUGGUAAUUGUUUUAGGAAUGGUCUACUAUUGCUUAAGAAAGAAGAGGUACCAAGAUGAAAAGCACAAAAAGGCAGGUAGUAUGAAAAAGAACAUAAUAGAGCUCAAAUAUGGUGGUGAACUGGAGGGAGGGACUAUAUCCAGGGUGUCUCAAAAGCAAAUAAUGGCUGGGGAGAGUAUGUCUCGCAUGCCAUAUUUGCCUUCUGGGAGUGAGAUGGAUCAGUACAAAAUUCAGGACCUAAGUGACACACCAAAAAUGGCUAAGGGCAACUACAUGGAUGUGAGAACAGGGGAGCACCAAGACCGAAGAGAGUGUGAGAUGCCGAUACCAAGCAAUAGUCAGGGCUCUGUUGCUGAGAUCUCCACAAUCGCAAAAGAAGUGGACAAAGUAAACCAGAUUAUUAACAAUUGCAUAGAUGCUCUGAAGUCAGAAUCAACUUCUUUCCAAGGAGUCAAAUCUGGAGCCGUUUCAACAGCAGAACCCCAGUUAGUUCUGAUCUCAGAGCAACCUCAGAGCAAGUCUGGAUUUCUGUCCCCUGUUUACAAGGAUAGCUACCACCACUCUUUACAGAGACACCACUCCUCAAAUGCCUCCCCAAAACGACCCAGCACAGCAACUGGUGGUCCCAUGCGCAGUCCGAGGCCCUACCGCUCUGAGGGGGCAUACAAGCCAGAGUCUAAGUACAUAGAGAAGACUUCCCCUGCAGGUGAAACCAUCAUGACCAUUACUCCAGCUGCUGCUAUACUUCGAGCAGAGGCAGAGAAGAUACGUCAAUACAGUGAACACAGACACUCUUACCCUGAUGCCCAAAUUGAAGAGCUUGAGGAACCAGAGAAUCGCAAAGCAUCCAUCCUGGAGCCUCUAACACGGCCUCGACCCAGAGACUUGGCUUAUUCACAGCUCUCUCCCCAGUACCAUAACCUCAGCUACUCCUCUAGCCCUGAGUAUUACUGCAAACCAAAUCACAGCAUCUGGGAGCGCUUCAAGCUUCAUCGCAAACGUCACAAAGAUGAGGAAUACAUGGCAGCAGGCCAUGCCCUGCGUAAAAAAGUGCAGUUUGCAAAGGAUGAGGACCUGCAUGACAUUCUCGAUUACUGGAAAGGUGUGUCAGCCCAACAUAAAUCCUAAUCUUCUCAAGUGUUUCUUCAAGUUGUUUUUUUUUUCUGAGAACAGAAAACAGAAUGAGUUUUGAAUUGCAUUUUAAUGGAGGACAAACAACACUGACUAAUGGGGAAUAGGGGAAAUUGGGAAUACACUCUUAGUUUUGUAAAUUUACCAAAAGGAUAUAUACAAGAAGAGA